AGACCCACUAAAAUGUGUUACCCGGGUAACACCGAAUCCGCUCCCUCAGGCAUGCUCUCAGUUCCUAUAUCGGCAGAGAGUGGAUUUUGCAUUUGGGCGUGCUCCGAUACCCAAACCUGAUAUUGCUUGUUUGGAGUUUGAUGGCUGGAAACAAUCAAGGGGAUUUCAACAUGGACGGCUCUGAUUGGAGGGCCCAGUUGUUGGAUGCUUCUCGACAAAGGAUCGUCAAUAAGAUAACAGAAGGUUUAAAGGGGCACAUACCAAUUACUAGCCCCGAGGGAUUAGUUGAACUCCAGAAAAUUGCUGUAAGAUAUGAGGAAAAGAUUUAUACUUCUGCCACAAGCCAGUCUGAUUAUCUGCGGAAAAUAUCUCUGAAGCUGCUUACAAUGGAGGAGACAAAAUCUCAGACCAGCGGCGCAACAAUGUCGAACUAAUACUCUAUUUACCUGGCAUUAAAAGCCAGUUGCCAUGUGCAGUGGACCGUGUCUACAUAGGAAAACCUUGGUUUUUUUUUAUUAUUAUUUUUGUGUGUGUUAUUGGAUCAUUUGGAUUAUUGUAUAUUCUCUGUUUAUUUUACUGUUUUGACAUAUCAAGACAGUAACUUUAUUUUUAUUUUUAAAUGUUUUAAGCGAGGUGAGGGUUUCUGUUAA